GGUUGCGGCCAAGCUGCCUCUUUAAACCGGCUUUCCUCCCGAGAGCACGGAGAGGCAGAAGUGCGGUUUGUGGCCAAACCUGAAGGCUCCAAUUAGCCAGCUGACUGGCCCCCUCGGCUCAAGAGAGACAAACGUCUUAACAGAAACCCUUGCUCUCUGGGACUCGCUGCUGCGCUCGCGGUGCGGGUCCGUGUGCGCGCGUCCCGCGCCUUGGAGCAAAGCGAAUGAGGAGGAGCCACUGCCGGGAGGCGGGAACGACCUGCCACGGGUGAGCUGAUGGAGCAGCGUCUUCGGCGGCUGCGGCGGCGGCAGCAGCAGCAGCAGCAGCAGCAGCAGCUCUCGAACACACCUCAAUGAAAGCGGCGGUGGAAGCUGCUGAGCAGAAAGACGUAAGCAGGCUAACUAUAGCUGGCGGCAGCGAGAGGGGAUGUAACCUUUUCGGCUCAAGGCUGCGAGGUGCGUAACCCCGAGCGGACCCAAUGCCAGCGUUGCCACAGGUGAUUUGAUUUCCUGUGACGGUAGCUUAGUCAGCCAGGCGUAUUUCGUAACAUUUUUACUUUAAAGUCCUUUUGGACUAGGUGCCAUCUGGAGCAGGGGCAAGACCCCUAGUAAAAGUCGUACUGUUGAUAGACUGAUGACCAAAAUUUUAAAAGUGACUCCUCCUGUUACCCCUCUCCGCUCUGCAAGGGAGAUGGGAGCCAUGGCUUACCCCUUACUCUUCUGCUUCCUGCUCGUUCAUCUGGGAUUGGGAGUUGUUGGCGCUAGCCGCGACCCUCCAGGUCCGCCGGAUUCCCCUCGCGAGAGGACCCUGAGGGCGAAGCAGCACUCCCAACAGUCGGCUCGAGCCUCUGCCUCAGACCCCUCAGCUCCCUGGAGCCGCUCCACCGACGGCACCAUCUUGGCGCAGAAACUCGCCGAGGAGGUGCCCAUGGACGUGGCCUCUUACCUCUACACCGGGGACUCCCACCAGCUGAAGCGAGCCAACUGCUCCAGUCGCUACGAGUUGGCGGGCCUGCCGGGAAAGUCGCCUGCCCUAGACAGCUCCCAUCCCUCCUUGCACGGGGCGCUGGACACGCUGACACACGCCACCAACUUCCUCAACAUGAUGCUGCAGAGCAAUAAGUCGCGGGAGCAGAACUUGCAGGAUGACCUGGAGUGGUACCAGGCACUAGUGCGGAGCCUCCUGGAGGGUGAGCCCAGCAUCUCCCGAGCGGCCAUCACCUUCAGCACGGAGUCGCUGUCCGCACCGGCCCCGCAGGUCUUCCUCCAGGCCACACGCGAGGAGAGUCGCAUACUGCUCCAGGACCUGUCCUCCUCGGCACACCACCUGGCCAACGCGACGCUGGAGACCGAGUGGUUCCACGGCCUCCGGCGCAAGUGGAGGACCCACUUACACCGCCGCGGCUCCAAUCAGGGGCCCCGGGGCCUGGGCCAUAGCUGGCGGCGCAGGGACGGGCUUAGCAGGGACAAGAGCCAUGUCAAGUGGUCCCCGCCUUAUCUGGAGUGCGAGAAUGGGAGUUACAAGCCUGGGUGGCUGGUCACUCUCUCCGCUGCUUUCUACGGGUUGCAGCCUAACCUGGUCCCGGAAUUCAGGGGUGUCAUGAAAGUUGACAUAAAUCUUCAGAAAGUGGACAUUGACCAGUGUUCAAGUGAUGGCUGGUUUUCAGGAACUCACAAGUGUCAUCUUAACAAUUCAGAGUGCAUGCCAAUUAAAGGCCUAGGAUUCGUGCUUGGAGCCUAUCAGUGCAUUUGCAAAGCGGGAUUCUAUCAUCCUCGAGUCUUCUCAGUGAACAACUUUCAGAGAAGGGGUCCGGAUCACCAUUUUGCAGGAAGUGCAAAGGAUGUGUCAGAAGAAGCCCAUGUCUGCCUACCCUGCAGGGAGGGCUGUCCCUACUGUGCUGAUGACAGCCCCUGCUUUGUCCAGGAGGAUAAAUAUUUGCGACUUGCUAUCAUCUCCUUCCAAGCCCUGUGUAUGCUGCUCGACUUCGUUAGCAUGCUGGCGGUCUACCAUUUUCGCAAAGCAAAGAGCAUCAGGGCAUCGGGCCUUAUUCUGUUGGAAACAAUCCUUUUUGGGUCUCUGCUUCUAUACUUUCCGGUUGUUAUUUUGUACUUUGAGCCAAGCACGUUUCGCUGUGUUCUCCUAAGAUGGGUCCGUCUUCUUGGUUUUGCUACUGUUUAUGGAACUGUCACCCUCAAGCUUCACAGGGUUUUGAAGGUGUUUCUUUCACGAACAGCGCAACGGAUUCCAUACAUGACUGGGGGACGGGUCAUGAGAAUGCUGGCAGUAAUACUCCUGGUAGUAUUUUGGUUUCUUGUUGGCUGGACUUCAUCCGUUUGCCAGAAUUUGGAGAGGCAGAUUUCACUCAUUGGCCAAGGGCAAACAUCAGAUCACCUCAUCUUCAAUAUGUGCCUCGUUGAGCGCUGGGAUUACAUGACAGCAGUUGCUGAAUUUUUAUUCCUCCUGUGGGGCGUUUAUCUCUGCUAUGCAGUGCGGACCGUCCCAUCAGCAUUUCACGAGCCACGCUACAUGGCCGUUGCAGUCCACAAUGAGCUCAUUAUCUCCGCUAUAUUCCAUACAAUUAGAUUUGUUCUUGCCUCAAGACUUCAGUCUGAUUGGAUGUUGAUGCUGUAUUUUGCACAUACUCAUUUGACUGUGACAGUCACCAUUGGGUUGCUUUUGAUUCCAAAGUUUUCACAUUCAAGCAAUAACCCGCGUGAUGACAUUGCUACAGAAGCGUAUGAGGAUGAGCUGGACAUGGGCCGGUCUGGGUCCUACCUGAACAGCAGUAUCAAUUCAGCCUGGAGUGAGCACAGCCUGGAUCCAGAGGACAUUCGGGACGAGCUGAAGAAACUCUAUGCGCAGUUGGAAAUCUAUAAAAGGAAGAAGAUGAUCACAAAUAACCCCCACCUCCAGAAAAAGCGGUGCUCCAAGAAGGGCUUAGGCCGUUCAAUCAUGAGGCGCAUCACUGAGAUCCCGGAGACGGUCAGCAGGCAGUGUUCCAAAGAGGACAAGGAUGCUGUGGACCACAGCACGGCCAAGAGCACAGCCCUGGGCAGGAAGAACCCACAGGAGUCUUCGGGUAACACUGGGAAGCCCAAGGAGGAGUCCCUGAAAAACCGAGUCUUCUCCUUAAAGAAAUCCCACAGUACAUAUGACCACGUGCGGGAGCAGCCGGAGGUGUCCACGAGCUUGCCAACCGAGAGCCAAGAAGAGGAGGCGACAGAAAACUCCACGCUGGAGUCUCUGCCGGGGAAAAAACCAACACAGACACUGAGAGAAAACAGCGAGGCUGUGUCCACAGAGUCUGUGCCUUUGGUGUGUAAGUCGGCAAGUGCCCACAACCUCAGCUCGGAGAAGAAGCCGGGGCACCCACGAACAUCCAUGCUACAGAAGUCCCUCAGUGUCAUAGCAAGUGCCAAGGAGAAGACUCUCGGAUUAGCUGGGAAAACCCAAACAUCAGGCGUGGAGGAACGGGCUAAGUCCCAGAAGCCAAGAGAGAAAGAGACAAACAGAAAAUACUCAAAUUCAGAUAAUGCAGAGACUAAAGAUCCUGCCCCCACCAACUCCAGUCAUUCAGAGGAGCCGAGAAAACCUCAGAAAUCUGGGAUUAUGAAGCAACAAAGGGCCAACCCCUCCACUGCCAAUUCUGAGCUGAGCCCAGGCACUACCCAGAGGAAGGACGACUUUGACAUAGGGGAGGUGUGCCCUUGGGAGAUUUACGACCUGACCCCUGGUCCUGUGCCUUCAGAUUCAAAAGUUCAAAAGCACGUAUCUAUUGCAGCUUCUGAAAUGGAGAAAAACCCAACUUUUUCCUUAAAGGAGAAAUCUCAUCCCAAGCCUAAGGCAGCUGAACUGUGUCAGCCAUCCAAUCAGAAGAGCCUAGACAAGGCUGAGGUGUGCCCUUGGGAGAGCCAAGGUCAGUACCUUUUUGAAGAUGAGAAGUAUUUGAUUCCCAAGACUCAGGUUCCCCCGGGAAGAGCGAAAGAUGAGAACAGGGGCCAGCGUCACGCAGCCAAUGUGUGUGCUGGGUGGUCUGAAGAGCUUCCUCCCAAAGUUGUAGCAUCUAAAGUGAAGAAUGAAAGUCUCAGCCAAAUAGGAGACCAGGAGAAAAAGACAUCUCCCUCUGAGCGAAACGUGCCUGACUCCUAUAACCCAAGUAACAACUUCCAGCAACCUUUAACGUCACGAGCUGAGGUGUGCCCUUGGGAGUUUGAGACCCCAGAUCAACCAAAUGCUGAAAGAAGUGUAGCUUUCCCGGCCUCUUCUGCUUUAAGUGCAAAUAAGAUAGUGGGGCCCCGGAAAUAAGAGAUCUGGGAUACUUUUAAAGUGUAGCAUGCCCAGAAAGAAAAGGAGAAGGAAGAAGUGGUGGAUUCAGUGUUAAGACAGAAGAUAUGAGGAUCAGAAGUUCCCAAGGAGUAUUGAUCAGUUGAGGGAAAUGGAAAGGCAGGGGUGGAGGGAGACCUCAGGCCAGAGCGCUGUCAGAAUGGAGAAGUGAGACUGGCCAAGGAAGCCUUUCCCCAGGCCAUCCUAGGAAAAUCUUUACCCUUGAGCAUGUUUUGGGAAAGUACCCCUCAAUGUCUGCCCCUGAUCAAUACUUACUCUUGGGACUUUGAAGAUCCCAAGCAAGGCAAACCAGAAGACACAGAGAGGUCUAAGAUUUUGCAAAGAAGAAGAUAUCAACGUAUAUGACCGAAAUUCUAAGUAGUCGACUAAAAAGAACUUAUUUACCUAUUUAACCUUGAUAUCACUGCUAACUUAAUGCAUCCAAAAAUAUCUUUUAUAUUAAUGAUUGCUCUCAUUUUCUUAUAAAUGUAUGUUUCAGUACCUUGUUGUGUCUCAUAUUCAAGCAUUCCAGAUUGUAUAAUUUUUGCAAAUAACUUUGAUAUUAUGUGACACAACACAUUUAUGCAAUCUGCAGCUACUCAAUUGUUAUUGCAACUUACAGAAUACCUGCUGUCUGUCGACUGUAGUUGAUCCUUGAAGUACAGUAAGCUUUCUCUGGCUCAGGAAGCCAUCACUGUUAUGAUAAAAACCUUUCAGUUUGGGCUGUGGUUGAUAUAUUGUGACUUUAAAUUUGACUCUAUUAUUUCACAUCAUGGUUUGUUACACUGUCUCAAUCAAGGUUUUUUUAUACAAAUUGAGUUUCCUGUUUUGCACUUCCUGUUAGGACUCAGAGGCUUUAUUAGGACUGGAGAUCAAGUGGUCCUACUUAGUCAUAUAUCUCAAUAAGUUAAGGACAACUUAUCUAUUGUUUGUUCAGAGUCAGACGUCGAUAACGCCUUCAUUCCAAUUAAUUGUCCCUUUUAAUUCUUUCAGUAUUUCAUACUUAGCAGCAUUUCAUAAGAAAGGAAGAAGCUGAAAGAGUGAGAAAAAUAUACUGUGCAUUAUUAUUACCUUUGGAAAGGGAAGACUCCAGGAAUAACACGAGAAUUACAGUACUGCAGAGCCAGGUAGUUUGCCUUUGAAACAAAAACAGAAAGGAAGCUCCUGUUAGCACUUUCAAGGGGAUUAUAUUUUUAAAGAGAAAAAUUAUUAUUAUAGCAUCAAGAUCACUGUAUGGAUGUAUUUUUAUUAUGCAUACUGAAUAUAUACUAUUUUAAAUUACCUUAAACUACUUAUUCUCAUAAACUCUUAUUCUUUGCUUCAGGCAGGGGUAGAACUUGCUGGGCUCAAAUCCCAAAGAGGUUUAUAACCUGAUUUACUCAAAGCCUAUAACAUGGUCCAUUUUUCCAACACCAGAAAACUUACAAGUCCUGCAGAUGGCCUUUGUGAGCCACCUAGCUCACAAUUUCAAAUGUAUGGUUUAUUUGCAAAAUGAAACAGCCCCCCAAAAUGUAUUUUAAAAAAUAUAUUGUAUUCCACACUGAUCACCUGGCAUGGGAAUCCUAAGCUGCUGAUUCACUCCUACUGAUGGGAGCAUGCAAAGAGAUUCCAUUCCAAAGCUGAGUCUCAUUUUAUUUUAAGAUGAAUCUCUUAAAAAUAGAACGCAGACUUCCCUUUCUCUCAUGCUAAACACUGAAGUAUCAACAGCUUGUUUGGCCAGGGCAUCCACAGCCUAAGGCACUGUUUUUCGUUUCUUGAGCAGCAAGGAGAACGUGCUGGGAGGAGAAAAAAAUGAGAAGAGGGAUCAGAAGGUGGAUACAGGGCUGUUCUUAGGGAAUAUUACUCUCAGUGGAAGAUGAAAACCAGAAAUUCUCCUUAAUCGUCAUCAGAAUUUUCUCAAUGAUUUGGAAUCAGGAGUAAACACGCAUUGCACCAUUUUGCAAAGCUGUGCAUAAAUCUUCCUCACCCGUUUGCUUGCUUCGUGCAUUACUCAGGAUGGUGGGGCAGGUUUGGAGAGAUACAGACCCCCUAUUUGUUUGUGUUUUCUUCACUUACUUCCUCUCCCCUUCCUUUUCAAUCAAAGCCUAUCUACUUGGUGACCUUGGAACACAACUUUCAGGCAUGGAGUUGUGAAUUUGGUUUGGAGUGUCCAGACCCACCUACUUGUUUCAUUUCUGUCCGAGAUCUGUUAGCACUUUAUUGACUUUUUGAGAAAUAAGCAGUCAGGCAUCGAUGAGUUUUGUAUUGCACUUUAGGAUGACCCUGUUUGAGACGAGGCCUAAAGAAGGCUGGUCAGAUUAUGCCUAAGUCCAGUCCCUAGAGUUUCCUCCACCAGCAUAAAUCAGUGAAAGCACCUAGGGUCUUUCCUGGAGUUCAUUGCCAUUACUUAUCACCAAGACAAGUGUAAAUCUACAGUCCUUGAGGUUAUUUUCCCAGAUUGAUAACCAUAAGAAAGUGAAGAAACAUGUUAGUUCACAAACAUUUGCUAGGUUGUCCUUCUCACUGCAUGUGCGGCUGUAUCCUGUCCUCGUUUUUAACCCAGGGUUUAUAAAUAAGUAGAUUUAUACCAAUCUUAAUAGAACUGUAUAUUUUAUGCAAGAAUUAAAUGCUUUACGACAUGAAUUAUAACCCAACCCAUUGUAAACUUUGGUGGCAACAUGGAUUUGAAACUCGACAGUUCUCUUGUGUUUGCUUCCUAGGUUUCUGCAUGCGAGUGAUGACAGGUAGGACUGAACAAACACUGCCUUUUGACUUCUAGCCCUUAGCGACCGAGAGUUGUAGAGUCAAUAAAGCUAUCAGUCUCCUCACGCAAUCUGUGGUUCUUCUGAAACUAUUAUCUGAAACCUACAGCAUCCCACCAUAAAAUAUUUGGUAAAUUUAUGUUGUGACGUGUUGCAGCAUGUAAAUACUUAUAACUUCUCUGCAAUAAAAUAUAUUUAUAUGAAAG